AUGCACAAGCUGCAGGUGUUGCUGCUGGUGGUGUGUGUGGCGGUGGGCCCCAGCCUGGCCCAGAUCACCUUCUCGCGCUCGUGGGUGCCGCAGGGGAAGCGCUCGGGGGUCGCGGGGGCCCUGGUGUCCCCUGGGGGGCCACCUGACAUGGGGGAAAGCUGCCACGACGCCCGUUUGGCCGCACUUGCUCAGGUGGCCGCCCAUAUCGCCGACUUGAUGGAGGAGACAACAGACCUCAACCAGGAUGAUGCCGCCCUUGCUAUGCGGCUAAAGCACGCCUUCGAGGCUAGUGAUUCUCAGCCGGGGGCCAAGGACUUCACCCUCCCCCCCUCCACCUUCACCACCACUUCACAGGAGAAAUUGGGUAGAAUCUUUUGUUUGUCUGAUUGUUUGACAAAGGCACUUGAGAGGAUGUCGCUCGGUGAAAGAACUAGUGAGGGAGGUGCCAUGUAA